AUGAUCAGCACUGGCAGUGGAAACCCAGGCCAAUUGAGACAAUUAAAAAUAAUCACUCAAACGCUGGUACGCACCAAGGCAUACCAGUACCGAUCAAGUCAAAUUCAAUCGGCACCCGCGGCUACAGUUCUUCUCAAGGAAGACAGUACCAAUGCAGCAUCUGGAGCCCUCGGUCUAGCGAAAGAUGGCAGAAAACUCAAGAUUCACUCAUGUCCCCAAUUCAAGACACCUCUCGAAGAAAGAAUCUACAGGAAGCAACAUCUCGCUGCUGCCUUCCGUAUCUUUGCUGAUAAAGGGUACGAUAAGGGUAUUGCAGAUCACAUCUCCGUUCGCGAUCCUAUUCUAACAGAUCAUUUCUGGCUUAAUCCUCUAUCUUGCACAUUUUUCACAGAUCAAGCCUAUCAAUGGAGCGCAUUCGCAAUUCAUUCCGAGAUUCACAAGGCUCGACCAGAGGUUAAUGCUGCUUGCCAUGCGCAUUCUGUUCAUGGAAAGGCCUUUAGCGCACUUGGUCGCGAGCUCGAUAUGAUAACUCAGGAUGCGCUAAGAUUCUACAAGAGUCAUGCAGUAUAUACCGAAUUCGAGGGUGUUGUCCUUGACCGAGAAGAGGGACUGAGGAUCGCAAAGGCACUUGGAAAUGGAAAGGCUGUGAUCUUACAGAACCAUGGUCUACUCACAGUCGGUAAUACUGUCGAUGAAGCGGCAUUUUGGCUUACUAGCCUGGACAAGACUUGUCAUGCCCAACUUCUUGUUGACGCAGCUGAGCUAGGCAGUGGACACAAGAAAAAGAUUAUCAAUCAGGAAGAAGCUGAGUUUACAGCAAAACAGGUCGGUGGUCCAGAGAAAGGAUGGCUAGCAUUUCAGCCUUACUAUGAUGAAAUUGUGGCAAAGACCAAUGGAGGGUUUCUUUCGUGA